AUGGAAAUCAUCCACGUUGACGAAACUGACUUACAGAAGUUUCGUAACUCGAAAAAUCCAAAGAUAAGAAGUUGCAAUAAGAGGCUUGUGAAUGAAGCCACAAGGAGAAAACUUGAAAAACUUAAAGACGAUUCUAAUGUAACUUCUAAAAUUCCUGCGAGUGUUCUUGACCGUUUAAUAUCAGCCCUAGGCGGUGGAACCAGUGAGCGUAGUGUAAUAAGUGAAGCUAAUGAAAGCAGUAGAGAUUCAGGAAAUGUUAAACUAAUUAACGUCGAUUUUAGUCAACGUGAACCAUCUGACAAAAUCAAUGUUAUGUCUGACUACCAUUACAACUCUAUAGAGGCGAAAACAGGCUUCGGAAUUAUGCAUGUAUUUGAUAAUCUUGAAUGUAUUUGGAAUGAAUGUGACCCUAAAAAUUACGCAACACAUGUCCUAAAAUAUAAAAAUGCUGAAGAAUUUUUCAUUACAAUUUUAAGAAGAAACAGUUCACUUAUACAUCUGAAAAGUUCAAAUCUGGAACCCAGAUUUAGAUUAGUUGAAGAGGAAUGCUUUAGUUUUAAUCAUUUAAAAGUGAUUAAGGUUAACGGUAAAAUGGCAAAGUACAACGAACUUAUUAAGGAGUUUGAAGGGCGUUAUCUUAAAAUAUGGUUUCCGUUUCUGGCAGAUAAAGUAAUUUACAAAGGGGAGAUUAUUUUUAAAGAUGACGAAAAAUUACUUGUAUCUCUUUCAAUUGAUCUAUUAACAGGAAAUAUUGAAGCUCAUUCAUAUAAACCCUCUGGAAACCCGGAUCCAAUUGAAUUGGUUUUCAAAUGUGAUAAAUCUACUGUAGAAAACUUAAAAGUUGACGACUCUACUGUAGAAAACUUAGAAAGUGAGGGACAUUAUCAAGAACUUUCUAUUGUGGAUGGGCUUUGUAAUCUUCAAUCAUGUCUUUCGCAUUACUAUAAUAAAUCAAAUUGUAAUCAAACUGAACAGGAUUAUUAUAAGAGAACGGAAAAAGAAUUUUUUGAUUUAAUUGCUACAUUUAUGGCCAAACUUGAAGAAUUAUUGGUACCUGGACAACCCUGUCAGGCAUUGAUAAAAUUGAUGAAUCGUAAACUCAUGGAAGAACUAAUUUCAAAUAAUACAGGGGUUGAAUUUAUGGAACUGGAUAUUGGUAGACGAAAAUAUGAUGAUUGUAUUAUUGAUUUAUACCCAAAUUCCAGAUAUUAUAGAGCUCCUAAAGAUACAUCAUUCAAUAAAAUAUUGGAUAACGGUAAUGUUAUCUGGGAAAGGCAGUUAAAUGAAGAGUCUAUUAAAGCAGUCUAUCUAUAUUCUUAUGAAGAAGAAAAGUGGUUAGUGAAUGUUUUUAAUGACAAUACAGUUAAAUUCCUUCACAAGCCAGCACGUAGUGAAAAUUUUUUUGAUGUUUCAAAAUUGAUGUUAAACACUAGAGAUUUGAAAAUCAUUAAAAGGAACUCAAAACUAUCGACAAUGGAUUUGACGUUUGAUUUUACAGGUUCAUUCUGUAUUAUUCCUCUUGUCGACGUUCUUAGUGUUAGUUACAAGGGUGAGGUUCAUGAAUUUAAGGAAUGUGGAGAACACCUUUCGGUUUUUCUUUUAUAUGACAUGUUAGAAAAUGAAUUAUACGUAUUUAACAGCUCCAUUUAG